CGCGCCGCCGCCGCCGCCGCCGCCGCGCUCGCUGGCUGGCCCGGUGCGGGCGCCCGGCUCCCGCCGCCGAGGAGUACCAGCGCCGCCGCCGCCGCCACUUCGGCCCGAAGCCGGGCGCCGUCCCCGGCCCGCGUCCCGACCCCUCCCGGGACCCCGGCCAGGUGACCGUCCCGGCGAUGAAGUGUCACUACGAGGCGCUGGGGGUGCGGCGGGACGCCAGCGAGGAGGAGCUCAAGAAGGCCUAUCGGAAGCUGGCCCUGAAAUGGCACCCGGAUAAAAAUCUGGAUAAUGCCGCGGAAGCAGCUGAGCAGUUCAAAUUAAUCCAAGCAGCCUACGACGUGUUAAGCGACCCCCAGGAAAGAGCAUGGUAUGAUAAUCACAGAGAGGCUCUGCUGAAAGGUGGGCUUGACGGAGAAUACCAGGAUGACAGUCUGGACUUGCUGCACUUUUUCACUGUGACCUGCUACUCUGGUUAUGGGGAUGACGAGAAGGGCUUCUAUGCUGUAUAUCGCAACGUAUUUGAAAUGAUUGCAAAGGAGGAGCUGGAAUCCGUGUUGGAAGAGGACGUGGAGGACUUCCCCUCUUUCGGGGACUCCCAGAGUGACUAUGAUACGGUUGUCCAUCCUUUCUAUGCCUACUGGCAGAGUUUCUGCACACAGAAGAACUUUGCUUGGAAAGAAGAAUAUGACACGCGACAAGCCUCAAACCGCUGGGAGAAGCGAGCCAUGGAGAAAGAAAACAAAAAGAUCCGAGAUCGGGCCAGGAAGGAGAAGAACGAGCUUGUGCGUCAGCUGGUGGCUUUCAUCCGGAAGCGGGAUAAGCGCGUGCAGGCGCACCGCAGGCUCGUGGAGGAGCAGAACGCAGAGAAGGCCCGGAAGGCGGAAGAGAUGCGGCGGCAGCAGAAGCUGAAGCAGGCCAAACUUGCAGAGCAGUACAAAGAGCAGAGCUGGAUGACGGUGGCUGACUUGGAGAAGGAGCUCAGGGAGAUGGAGGCCCGGUAUGAGAAGGAAUUCGGAGAUGGAUCGGAAGAAGAAAAUGUGGAGGAACAGGAGCUCAAAGAUGGACAGGACGGUGGAGAGAGCGAGGAUGCCGAGGAAGCGGAGAUCUACGAUGACCUUUACUGCCCGGCUUGCGACAGAUCUUUCAGGACAGAAAAGGCAAUGAAGAAUCAUGAGAAAUCAAAGAAGCAUCGAGAAAUGGUUGCCUUGUUAAAACAACAAUUGGAAGAGGAGGAAGAACAAUUUUCAGGACUUCUAACAGAUGAAAAUACACUGACUGUCCAUUCUGAGGAAGAAAUAGAAGAUGCACCACAACAAAAGCUUUCUAAGAAACAGAAGAAAAAGAAACAGAAGCCACUAGCACAGGAUUUUGGUGGUGAUGUUAAUGAAAACGGAACUGGAGAAGGAAUAAAGAGUGAUCCAGAAGACGCCAACUUAAACCAAGACAGUGCCAAAGAAUUGGAAGACCCUCCCCAAGAGAACAUCAGUGCUAAGGACACGAUAGAGCUCUGUGAUGACCCAAAGACUGAAGCUAAAAGUAUUCCUAAACCCAAAGGAAAGAAAGCCAAAGAAGCGAAAAAGUCCGUCAGAGUACCUGCGGAGCCACAGGCAGCGAGCGAUGUUCUUCUCAGCUGUACCACCUGCCAUAGUGAAUUUCCAUCUCGGAAUAAACUUUUUGACCAUCUUAAGGCGACGGGUCACGCAAGAGCACCUUCAUCAUCAUCUUUAACCAAUGUAGCAACUAGUCGGAGCAAGAAAGAGAAACGUAAAAACAGAUAGAAAUUCUGCCAACACUUUUGUUACUUGAUUGUCUCUAGAUUUUGAAACUAAACACUGAACUGAAAUUGAAAAGUGUUAAAAUUUUCGUGAUCUGCAAUUUAUUGCAUUGUGGAAGAUUAUUUUUUAUCUUGUAAAAAACAUUCUUUUGUUUAAUAUAUAUAUUUUUAAACAUUUCAUUAGUGAUUAAAUUCUACUUUUGUCAUCUGAACUGAUUUGACCGUCUCAUGACAGGUUAAUAUUGUAAAAUACAAAUUUUUGCUUUUUGUUGGCUCAUGUGGACAGAAAUGUACAGGGAAGAUUAAAUUAUUUUAACACAUA